UUCCCCAAAUUAAAAAUUGAACCCUAAUUUCUUCUCCAAAUUUCUCUUGAAAUCUGAAAUUCGUUGUGAACAUAUGUAGCAAUUGUCAGCGAUUCGAUUCUUCCUCUUCAAAUCUGAAAUCGAUUCUUCUGUUCCUACUUCCUAUUGAUUCAAAUUCCGACGACGAUUCGAUUCUUCCUCUUCAAAUCUGAAAUCGAUUCUUCUAUGCCUUUGUAGCAAUUAUCCAACUGCAAACCUUUAUUUUAGUGCUGUAUGGAGAAUUCAAAUGAAACUCAAAGAAGUUGCAUGUGUUUAUCAUGAUGUAUCUGUUAAUCAAGAUCAAAUAUGUUGCAUGGCCAAAAGCAUGAAGACCAAAUUUGACAAAUACUGGAGCUGUUACAGUGUUAUUCUUUCUUUUGCGGUCAUCUUAGAUCCUAGAUAUAAGUUACAGUUUGUUGAAUACUGCUAUGUGAAGCUGUUUGGUAAUGAUGGAGGAGUGAAAAUUGCUAAUGAGAUUCUUGAUAAGAUGAAACUUUUUUUUCAAGAAUAUCUCUUGUCCUCUAAUGAGCUAAGUGUUUCAUCUUCACAAAGGUCUGUUAGAGGUAGUCCAAUCAUUCCUUCAAGUGAAUUAGAAGAUUUUAGUAAUUAUCAAAGUAAAUUGUGCGGACCUUCCAGAAAAGAGACUGAUUUACAAACUUAUUUGGAUGAAGAGAGACUUGAUCAUAAUCAAUAUGCCAACUUAGAUGUUCUUGAAUAUUGGAAAGUGAAUGAAGGUAAAUACCCUGAAGUUUCUAAGAUGGCACGUGAUAUCUUGAGCAUUCCUAUUACAACAGUGGCAUCAGAGUCCUCAUUCAGUAUAGGUGGACGGAUACUAGAUAAAUAUAGAAGUGUUCUUUUGCCAGAAAAUGUUGAAGCAUUAUUGUGCUCACAUGAUUGGCUUUGUGGAACUCCUGCUGGAAUAUCUCAUGAUGGUCCUCAAUUUGUUGAGGAACUGUCAAGCUUCUCUUCUAUGAAUUUAACAUGAAGCAGAGUUGCUGUGAAGAGAUUAAACAAGUGAAGUCCAAUAGCGAAGGCUGGAUCAUAGUAGAGGAAGCUGUUGUAGCUCAAUGUGAGGAGUCCAUGCCCACUCAGCUGGGCUAUUUCUCAUUAUCACUGAUUUUGAAGCAGGCAUUCUUAGGCAUUGUUGAACAGACAAAUAAAGAUGUCUUAUGUUUCACUCAUGUCACGACCAUAUGAUAUUGAAUUCAGUGUCUAAUUCAUUUGAGUUUGUAGAUGCCAAGAAUUUUCAGUCUUUGGCACGUAGCUUUGUUUAGCGCGUAUAUAAUCAACUGUUGCAUUCUUCAUGAAAUAACCUAUCAAUGACUAUUUGUGUUUUGGAAAGCAAAAAAAUUAACUCAUUUGUUGCAGAGAGUUUUUCUUGCAAGAG